AUGUCCCAAACGCUCGAAAUCGACUACGAGGCCCUUCCAGACAACUCCCCGCUGCUCUCCCAGCUCAUGGCCGGUGCAUUUGCAGGAAUCAUGGAACAUACAAUCAUGUUCCCCAUAGAUUCCAUUAAAACUAGAAUGCAGACCCUCAAAAUCAAACACAAUGAGGGAAUCUUGGCCUCGUUUAGCAAGAUCAGCGCAACAGAAGGUUCAUUGGCUCUAUGGAGAGGCGUUUCUUCUGUUGUCUUAGGUGCUGGCCCGGCUCAUGCCAUCUAUUACAUGGUGUUUGAAUCCACGAAAACAGCUUUAUGUAAUAGACUCGUUCUAAAAGAUCCAGCUGCUAAUAUCAACAACAUCAACGAAGUGUCGAAUUUCAUCGUCACAAGCGAAAAACAUCCCUUGAUUGCCAGCGUAUCCGGUGUUGCAGCAACAGUCACCUCUGACGCAUUGAUGACCCCCUUUGACGUCAUUAAACAACGAAUGCAAAUCAAUAACUCAAACUCGUCAAUCAAGUCCUUCUUUAACUCAACGUCCUAUAUUUAUAGAAACGAAGGCCUAAGGGCAUUCUUCAUUAGCUAUCCAACAACGUUGAUCUUGAGCAUACCGUUUGCUGCCUUGAAUUUCGGCAUCUACGAGUUUGCCUCGGACAAACUCAACCCUAACCAGCAUUAUAAUCCCAUGGUCCAUUGUGUCUCUGGAGGUAUCUCUGGUGCCUUUGCAGCAGCAAUCACAACGCCCCUGGACUGUAUCAAAACAGUCUUACAGACAAAGAGCAUCCCCAAUGCAACUUCCAUGUACACUGCGGCCCAGGGCCUAUAUAGACAGGGCGGAUACAAUGCAUUUCUUAGAGGCUUGAGACCAAGGGUGGUAUUCAAUGUCCCUGCAACUGCAAUCAGUUGGACGGCAUAUGAAAUGGCAAAGGCUUAUCUAUUGUAA